GCAGACGUCCCCAUGUCUAUGACCACUGCGCCCUGUCCCCUGCCACUCUGCCUCCCCUCGGUGUUCUUCUUCGGUGUCAUGAAGUCCCCUGCGAUAUCUCGUCCCAAUCAGGGCGGUGCCGGUGGCGCGUGCCGGGCUUCCCAUUGCCCUCCACAGUAUACCUGUCCAGGUACCUCUGCUCCCACCGCACAGCGCUCGUACACGGGGCAAGGGUUGUUGAACUUGGCGGGCUCGGCGAUGUAUCUCGGCCAGAUCAAGGAUGCCUGAGUCGAGGCCGGACAAGACCUCGCAUUCGACUCACUGAUGCACUGGAGUACUUCCCCACGCCCUCGACUCGAUAAGCGGCCCUUCUCACCUUGACGCAAGCGAACCCUGCGAGACACUCUCGCAUGGAGCCAAUCGAGCGCAGUCGACUGUCUUCGUUCCUCGACGACUACCAUAUGCGUGCCUUACCGAAAAAUGGGGCCUCACCAGGCUGCCGCCUGCCAUUGUACCGUCGUCUGGGUAUUGUCAUUGGUUUUGGUCUUGCGUCGGCAUUUCGAAUUCCACCUGAUGGACAGAGGCUAGAGUCGGUCCAGGGUCCAAGGCGGAGCUUCAUCGCCUCGCUGCCUUGAAGGCAUUUUGCAUGGCACUUUCGGUACCUGGAAAGGGUUGUAUCAUGGUAGAUGCCAGAGACAGUAUGAUGUAUCUACGAUUGCCUCUCU